GUGCCUUCUUCGAUGAGUGGGCCCUGGAGCUGGAGGCGCGGCUGGGCAAUGAGCUGAGGGAGGAGGAGCUGGGCGAGGUGAUGGCUAGGAGAAGUGGUGGAGAGAAUGACGAGGCGGAGAUCCUGACGCGGGUCUGGCACGGCAAGGCACUGCGGCGGGUGCGGGUGGUGCAGGUGGACGGAGGGCCCAAGCUGCAGGCCUUCAACGCGGUGCUGUACCCCGGCUACGGCCUGGGCCGAGACCUGGGCACUCCGCCGGUGCUGGGCAUCGACGUGCUGUCCUUCAACUCCCACAAGCGCUUGCUCUUCGGGGUGGACUGGGCGCCCAUGCGGACGACGGAGGCCUACGCCGAGGCCUUCAUCGCGCCUUUCCUCGGCGAUCUGUGCGAGGAUUAUGGCGAUCUGAAGAUCCGACCGGGCGGCAAGGUGUACGGAGAAGACCCCGAGUUCUUCUCCGAUUUCAUGUUUUUCAGCCGGCCCGAGGGGCAGCAGGCUCUGGCGCCUGGCUCCGAGCUGUGGAAGAUCUUCGGCAAGUGCCCCGCCGACUGCGGCGCGAACCCGGAGAUCUCGAUCCUUGCCAUAAAGCGGCAAGAGCGCAGAGAGGAGCAACGGCGCGAAAAGCAGCGCCAGUUGGAAUGGCUCUUCCGGGAAGUGGAGAUCGACUGGGAGCAGGCACAUGAGCUGAUGGGCGUGGAUGGCCUCCAGCCGAACAUCAAGGAAGCUGGGAGCGGAAUCACCAGCCUUCACCGUUGUGCAAGUGCCGGGCAGCCAGAGUUGCUGCAGUGGUGCAUCAAGAUGAAGGCGGACAUCGACAGCCGGACCCAGCUGGGCCGAAGUGCACUGCACUACGCGUGCGAGUGCUCACGCAUGCGCUGCGUUCGCAUCCUCCUGGAAAACCAGGCGGACGCCAACCUGCGUACCCUGAGUUACCUCACGCCCCUGCACCUCGCCUGUCAAGCGAACAGUGUGGAGGGAGUGACGGCUUUGCUGCAGGACACGAAGCAGGUGGUGGACGUGGACGCGGAGGACACGAAGCGCCGCUCUGCCGAGGCGUUAAGCAACAACCCACAGAUCCACCGGCUGGUGCGGAAAUAUCGCGCCCAGCUGGACGAGCGCCGCAAGGCGCAGCUGGUGGAGCAGUGCCUCCACCGGCUCUUCAACUUCUUCGACGUGAACCAGGAUGGCGUCAUCCACCCGGAGGAGUGGGUGGACAGUAUGACGCUGCUGGCGGAGUUUUUCGAACACCACAGCGACCAGUCCAUCCAAAAGAUGUUUGAGGAGAUCGACAAGGAUGACAGCGGGUUCAUUGACUGGCAGGAGUUCAAGGCGUCCUACGCCGAGCUUCUGCAAGUGAUCAACGUGCCCUUCCGGGAGCUGAUGGACAUGCUGGCGGAUAUCGACCGCGCAAUUCUUCAAGAGAAGUUGCGACUGGAGAGAGAGGAGGCGGAGGAGGUGGAGAAGGCCCGCGCCGCAGCCGCCAAGGAGGAGGAGGAGGUGGCCCGGCUGGGUUCAGACGACGAGGAUCUCUUGGACUCCCCCGUGAGCGAGGUGCGAACGGUCGUCUCCACCAGAUCUGUCUCCGCCGCCGGGGCGGCGGCGCUGGCGGCCAGGCGCUUCCGCGCACCGGUGCUGUCGCCCAAGGCCAAGGCCAUGUCGUUGCGCCGCGUGGCACUGCGACGGCACAGCGACCACAUGGUGGCCGAAUCCGCGGAGGAGGCCAUGGCCUCCUUCGCUGCUGCCUCCUUCGCCGGCGCCUGCGCCGAGACCAAUGAGAACAGCAACCCCAACGAGCCGCAGAAUGAGAAGGAGCACGUGCUUCCCCCGCUCCCAGACCUAAACCGAUCGGGUGAAAUCCCUGCAGACCCGGUGUGA